GAGCGGUUGACCUUAUGUCUAUGGUGGUUGACAGCUUCUAGUCAUUUGAGGAGCCUAGCUAGCAAAACAAUACAAUAUUUACAAAGAUGGAGCUUUGCGAAAUAUUAUACAACAAGGCGGAAUACAUCGAAACGGCAUCGGGCAAUAAAGUUAGCAGACAGUCGGUUUUAUGCGGCAGUCAAAACAUUGUACUCAACGGAAAAACUAUUGUGAUGAAUGACUGUAUCAUCAGAGGAGAUCUUGCUAAUGUCAGAGUUGGGCGACAUUGUGUCAUUAAAAGUCGUAGCGUAAUCCGACCACCGUUCAAGAAAUUCAGCAAAGGGGUGGCUUUCUUCCCUCUACAUAUUGGAGAUCAUGUGUUCAUAGAAGAGGACUGUGUUGUCAAUGCUGCACAGAUAGGAUCAUACGUCCACAUCGGCAAGAACUGUGUGAUUGGUCGACGCUGUGUCUUGAAGGACUGUUGUAAGAUAUUGGAUAAUACUGUCCUUCCCCCAGAGACAGUGGUUCCACCAUUCACAGUAUUCUCUGGUUGUCCAGGUUUGUUUUCAGGAGAGCUCCCUGAAUGUACACAGGAACUGAUGAUCGAUGUUACCAAGAGUUACUACCAGAAGUUCCUCCCUCUCAGUCAGAUUUAGGACUAAACUUGAGUUUUGUUCUCUCGGGGACCAAAGGCACUAAUGGACUAUUCCCCCAUCAUCCUGUGCUCUACAAGAAGGACGUUCAUACCAUCAUUUCUGUUCUAAUGCACAGUUGUACUUAUCUGCAGUAGAAAAAUCCCUAUCUAUCAUGGUUACGCUAACAUAGAGUAUAUAAGCAAGCAGUAUUUUAAUUAGUCACAUUUCUUGCAUUACCUGCAUUUCACAUCAGCAUGUGUAGAUCUUUAAUGGAUCUAAAUGUGUAAAAUGGAUCUCAUCUCAUGCCGUGGCACAUGGCAGGCGUGGAUGCCUGGAAAAAUAUCCCAAGACCAAGAUCAGCUGAUAGACUGAAGGGCCUUUAUUUAUUACAAUGCUUGGCUUUACCAUCUCUGCGACACUAAAUGUUUUCUGUGUG